AUGGGCUUGGCCCGUUCAAGAGAAUAUAGAGGAGGCCUGGCGCUGGGCCUCCUGGGCUGGCUGGAUCGAAACGAGGAGGUGGAAGGGGCGCAGUCAACGCGAAGCAGGACUUGUCGCUGGGUCUUCCUCAUCGCGCAAAGUCGAAGCAGAGGAUGCAGCAGCGCAGCUGCAGCUUGGCGUAUGACUGGGAGCAGGGAAGAUAGGGGCAGCGCGAUGCAGAGGACGCAGGGGAGGCAGUGGCUGGUCGAGGGGCUUGGGGAAGAGCAACAAUGGUGGUGCAGGGCGCGGUCAAGGCAAGCAGUGCUCGCGUCCUGA